CAUCCAAUUAUUUUCGCCGUCAAACGUUUGUUAAGAUCAAUAGCAUUGAUUAUGUCGAAUGAAGUGGUGUGAAUUAUUUUCAUUAUAUUCAAUUGUAACAUUCGUUAUUUGCAUUACACGUUUAAAGUGUGGGGCGAACUAUUGCAUGUUUGCCACAACGACUAUAUUUCGACGUGAAAUGAUGGCAUGUUAUGCAAUUCAAAGUACAUGUGUAGUGUUUUUAUUAUUGAUUAAUCCUGCUAGAACAGAAAACGCACUGGGAUAUUUAUCAGUGAGAAAUCCAGUGUUUGUCGGCGGGAAUAUUACACUGAUGUUAAUCCCGUUCUAUCACGCGUUUGUAACGGACAUUGAUAACUCGAAAUUGCAAGUCUUAUUUAGAAAAGACAAUGUCGAAAACGAAAUGCAUGAAGCAAUCCGAUCAUUUGAAAACGGAAAAGCUUUCUUUGUGGAGAUUAGAAAUGUCAACAAGACCUGGAAUAAUUCAGCUGUUUUCUUCAAAAACAGCAAUACAGAGUCCAACAACGUUGACCUCACAAUAAAAGAUCGCACGGAAGGUCUUCUUCACAUUCUGUCCGACCCUACUCAGCCUGAAGACAGUGCCCAGAUUGCUUUUUAUCCUCCUGUGGGUUUUCAGGAUUGGAAGCAAAUACACCAAUGGUGGCCUAAUCGAUAUGGUGGAAUUGUCAACGAUUCAAAUAAAGAGGAAAUAAUUUUUACAAUAAAAAUUGCUAACCACAGAACAUUCUUUUUGGAAUACGUCAAUGGAAAUUUUCCUAUGAACAUAAGCGCAACAGUAGUUUCCGCGCACAAAGGCGUAGGUCCUCCCUGCACUAACCAAAAAUGUGGCCACUGCGUGUGUGUCCAUCGAGGCGAGGACUUCACGUGCUCCACAGAUGGACGCAUGUUAGCAAUGUGGAUUGGCUCUGAAAACGUGGACUUUGAGCAAAUAACAGACACAAGAAAUGAAGUGAAACAAUACAGGCCGCAUAAUGGCUCAAUUACCAAACACCAUCACAAUAGUACUAUUGUUUGCUUCAUGGAGAAAAACGGCUUUGUUUUCAACGACAGCGCAACUUUGAUCGUACUCGAUACGGUGCAGUCGAUAGUAUCGCCGGAUUCUGCUUUGACCUACACACUGGUUUUCACUUCAGUAUUAAUAGUCGCGUUGGCUGCUUUUUUCAUUCUCGUUAAAAGACAUAAAAGAUCAAAAGACAGAGUAUUAGGAUUCUUUAGAGCCUGUAGACGAGCACCAACAAGGGCCCGCGACAUUGAUCAAGCAGACACUAUGUCGGACGAUGAUGACGACUUUGACAGUGAUUUAAGCGCCAACGCGCAAGAAUCUGGAAGAGCAAAGUUUCCCAUCGAGGAAUCCACAGGUGCAAGUGUGACUUUGGUGUAUGCGGACCUUGACAUCAAGUUUCUGGAACAAGGCCCACACCCUGGCCCGACUGUCAAGAAGUACGAGCCCACCCAGUACGUAGAGUUCAGGGCCUACAAGACUGAAGUCACCGAGUAUGGUAACAUCAACAUGGCAGACUGAGCACCAAGAGAGCUCAGACGUUUGUGAGUGUAUCAACAUUAGAAGAAAAGUGACACGCCCUACAAUUGUUUACUCGUUCAGUAGUAUUGAUCUUUAAAAAGACACGUGUUGCGUUUCAAAACGGCUCAUAUGACCCGAUUGCGAAAGUAACGGAAGACACAGUUUAUACAACGAUGUACUUAUAAAAUAAAAUAAUAAGCGUACUUUGAUUUUACUUUCUUUUGUGUAUGUCAUAUGCAAGUUUAAAUGACAUCUUUUGGCAUCUAUUUACUCGAUGUUUAGAUACUUCGAUUUUCUGAUUUGCUUUUAAAAUAGUCCAAUAAAGUGCAGAAUAUACAAUAUCUUGAUUGCACCAGCAAUAGACUGUGACUCAUGUUUGUAUUUAUACCAUGUUUAGAUGUGUAUUAUACUUAUCUUACGCCAUCAUUUUGAAGGUGCAUUUUUACGAGUAUAUGCUCAUGUUGCCAUUAAAGUAACAUUACUUCUCAUAAUCAAUGAAAUUUCGUACAAUAUUUCGUAAAAUAAAGCUAAACAUUUAAAAUUCAUUGUUCCUUAUGGUCAUUGUCGAAAUUUCAACGCCAGAUGUGGUCUGAUAAAAUAGAUGUGUUUGGGUACAAAAUGCUCGUUUUUAUUUUGGUUUUAACUUGGUACCAUUUUAGUGUUCGUGUGUCGUUUCAAUAGAUAUAUUCGCAGGAAAUUAACAUGGAAUUUAUUGUGGUCACAAAUAAAUAAAAACGAGCAUUUUGUAUCGACAAAAAUCUAUGUAAUCAUACCACAUCUAGCGUUGAAGUUGUGGCUAUUGCUAUAAGGAACACUGAUUGUUUAGGUGUUAACUUUAUUUUACGAAGCACUUCACCAACUUUUCGUUGAUUUUGAGCGUUAUAGAGACUUUAACGAUUCAUAAAGAAAACUUUCUGAUAAGCCUUUUAUUAACGUAUAUACAGACAAGAUGCCUUGUUUGUCGUUAUUCUGGAUUUCAUUUCAUCCAAUGUGGCCAAUGACUUUAAUUUAAUACAUAUUUCAAACGUGUAUUAUCUACUUUCAAAUUUUCUUUAAGUUCGUUUAAGAAGAAGUUCGUGUACGUCCCUGUUUGAGUCAUAGUAUGGUAAAAGUUUGUGUUCGGUUAUAAAAGAAGUGACUGAGAGCAAGAAUUACUGAUAUAGUUGCUGGACUUCAUUGUUUGCUUAAUCACAUUGCUUCGUAAUAACAUGUAUUCCUUAUAUGAAAAUUACAUUAAUUUGACUCGAAUUUGUAGUUAUAAUUACAAUAUUCUUUUUGUCCAUGUGUGCCACUUAUUUUUAUUUAUAUGUUAACACUGUUCUUUAAGUUUCUUUCUCGUGUCCACGGAGCUCGUUCUAUAUAUUAGCACUCUUUUGGAAUCAGCAUUCAUGUUAUCUUGUAAUUUUUGCAGCUUGUUUGGAGAAUGAUAAAAUUUGUAAUUUAAUGGACUUUACGGAGAUAUUGACUUAGGAUUUUGACAUUUUGGUAGCUUCUGUCCAUCCAUGAUAUAAAAAUCCUUCUGGUCGCGCGAUCAAAAUUAGAGACGACAAUCAUUCGGUAAAUGUGAAAAAAAUAUACACAGAAAAUGAGUUUUCAUCUGAACAUUUAUUAAAAUAAUAAGAUACUUUAAGUUAAAAAAUAUAUAUACUCAUUUCGUCUUUUUCCUGCCAUUGAAUAAGUAAUGUGUGUAUAAAAGACAAGAGUGACUGCACUGAUAAUAAUAUUGAAUUGUUCACUUGCUUACUUAGACUUUUUACAAAAUGGACACUUAAGUUUAUUAAAUGAACUUUAUAUGU